CAACAGAUAACAUUAGGAGGUAUUACCAUCUUUCGAUAACUUAACGUAUUUAUGGAGAGAGCAUAAAAAGCAAAAGACUUCAGGUGGAUGAAAAGCGGUGUGGCUGUCUGUUUAUUAAGACUUCAGAUGUAGAGCUUACAACAGACCAACAAAGACCAACAAAUAAUUCAAAUUUUAUUUUCCUAGUUUAGUGUGGGAAUCAAACAUUCAAUACAAUUGCCAGUGUCUCGAUACCGCACGUUCCUAUCCAGUCUUUAAUACGAUUGCGACAGUGUUAUGUAAAUACCUUCGGCUAAUCUGCCCACAGGAAAAUGUACAGUAUUUUCAUGUCUUGUAGCCUAUAGAAGCGAGUCUACAAAUUGUGUGUCAUCAACCGCGAGGAAUAUCUUGCUUCUAUUGUGUUCACCGGUAGCAGAAGUAGAAUGGUUGCCGCCUAGUUGAUUGAUUGAACACGAGAUAGACAACUCGUAUUGAUAUUGUAAUAUUGUAGGAAAUUGUGUCACUCUGCAACAUGUGGUUACACGGCACGGUUUACUAUAUUAUCAGUACAAACACAACAUAAAAGACUGUUUAGAUUUAGACGUACGUCCCUAUAUUAUCUGUAUCUGUAAGUUUUUUACUGCAUCAAUUGUGAUAUAAGACGUAACUUGUAACUUUAAGUUUCACAGAUUGUUCGAAGGCUAACAUCAAACCACAAAGGAAAUGAUUAAACCCACAUAUUGUGUCGUCUGCUUUCGCAAAGGACUCGGUGAUUGUUCUUGAACUAAUCGAAGCGUACAUCAGAAAUCAAGUUCAGAUGCUAGACUUCAUUGGAACUCAUUCAUAACCGGACGUAAACAUAUUUUGCCUCAGGUUUACAUUAAUAUCAUCCACCAACCUUGUAACCUUUAAACGUUCGGCUGGUAUUUUGAAAAGAAGCCCUUUGUCUUGAGGAAGAUACUACCAUGUGCUUUGUAUAUUGAGCGGUGAAACACGAAGCAUUCAUCAUGACGAUGCCUAACAGGAAUAUACUAUAAUGAUGAGUUAGAACUCUGACUUUACGCAAAGUAACAAUACGUAUGUAAUCAAGAGAAUCAAGUUCAACAAAAUGACUACCAAAUUAAAAUGUGACCCGCGAGACUUUCUGUAUGUGCAUUCCACACUUGCCGUAUAUCAUAUCAUUUGUACAAUGACGAUUGUUGGCGGUUUUAUUCUAACAAAAACUGUUAUAGAGAACUUCCGACGCCUUCAUUCCAAGCUCACCGUUGUAGUCAUCGGUGGUGGCCCUGUCGGAUUAACCUCGGUACUGGUGGCAGCUUUAUCAAAGAAAGUUUCAAAUGUGAUACUUUUUGAAGAAUUGUGUAGAAAUGCACUGUGCAAUCGACCUCAUCAAAUAGCAUUUAAUCCUAAAACCGUGAAGUUUUUGCGAAGUUCUGGAGUAGAUUUUGAUAAUUUAGAAGGAUGUUGGGAGGAGGGUUAUUUUUAUACGAGAAUAGGUGUUUUUACAGACUACUUAUUAAGCGCUUUAUAUAAAUUUAACAAAAAAGUAAAUUUACGUCUGGGAACGAAGUUUACCAGAGAUAAUAUACCAGAAAUAGAUAACAUUAUUGGUAGAACAUUGGUCAUUGCCUGCGAUGGUGCCAGUGGUAAUGGUGCCAGAAUCAUGGGUCUUAAUGAUGAAUUCCUACAACAUUCCUGUAAGGCUUAUGGUGCCGUAGCAGGUGUCGAUCGUCAAGUUCAUGGUGCUGUCCCGGUUCCAGAAACCGGAGUCCAUAAUCUUCUCUUUGAUUUAGGGGCGUAUGGUAUUUUGAUGGAUGAACGCCAAGAGACCCAGGGAUUUAGUUUGAAAUUAUUCGGAAAUCUUAGACAUCGAUAUAUGAAUAUAGCCAUUCCUAAAUGUGAAUCAAUGUUAUUGAAGUCAAUGAGAUUGGUAUUAGAUAGAUCUAUAAUGCGCAAUAUAUUCAUCAAAUGUUUCAACACGUAUAAAACAGAGGCUGAGUCGUCCAUCUCUGAUUCCAUUGCAUUAAAACAGCUGAAAUUCAGUCCAAGAUUAUUUGAAAUUAAACUGUCGCAGAGAUUAGAGACUGUUGUAUAUUUUAGAGAAUCUGAUACAUUUGUUAUAGCUGAAGGUGAAUCUGCCAGAUGUACUAAUUUUCAUACAGGAUGUGAUGUUAAUCUGGCAAUGGAGGGGCUGCCAACUUUAUCUAGAUUUAUUACCAUGGUCACCUGGGCAAGGACUGAACACAACAUCAUAGAAGCCAUGUCGUAUAAAUCGAAAUCAGCGGAGAAAAUCUGUAAAUCCUUUCUUAAACACGGACUUAGAGAAGCUAUCUUUACUAAUCCAGAUAUCCAACACUGUUAAUUAGGGAAUUGAUGUUAAAUCCAUUAUCAAAAUGUCAGUAUUUGGACAAAAGGAAGAAAUAUAGGCUUCCUAAUUCCAAGGAAAUUAAAAGAAAGUGGGUGUGAAAAUGGUAGAAAGAGAAUAAGAUUCUAAAUACAGCGAAAUGGUUUCUUGAUGGAUCAUUCAGUUGUGCAUCUUUAACAGCAUCUUUUUUUCGCAUUAUUAUAUGGAUGCAACAUACUCAUUUUAUUAUUGCCCGUGUCAUUAUGUUUAUUUUAUUAACGAAUACAGACGUUAGAUUUCCAGUAGUCAGCAUUCAUACUAAAGAACCGGCAUUCUCUAUAUAAGCGUUUACAGGAAGAAAAGUCAAUACUAAAUUGAACACAGAUCAUCUGUCCUUACUUAAUAUCAUGUCUACACAGAAAGAUAUUGAAUGGUAGUCUAAAAUUACUGACAUUUAUAUUGUUGAGUUUUUGGAGAGAUUAAUGAAUGUUUGUUUUGAAAAGAAAAAUUAUAAAACACUUUCCUGUAGUAGAUAGAGAAAGUCUAACAAAUCAAUUAAUGUUCUGUGUGCUGUGUACUAGAAGUUUAUUAUGGACUAAGGGGGAAGAUGAUUGCAAGCUGGCAUCAGUGUUAUUUUGGUACAAUUGAUUUUUGCCUUUUCUAAGGUUUAUUUCUAUUUCUGAGAAAUGGGUUCGUCUGUCCGUCUGUCUUUCCGCUUGUCUGUUAUUUGUGGAACUUACCAUUAAAGAAGGAUUAACAUGAUUGAAUUUUUUCAUCGAAGCUAUUCUGGUACAAAUGAAUCGCUUCUUGUCUAGUAUCUAUUUCAGACUCCCGGCUGUCGUAGAAAUCAAGGAAUUAUUGAAUUGGGUUUACCGUCGGUUUAUCUGUUUGUUUGUCCGUCACACCUUUAGGAACACAAUAACUCUGCUUCCGGGGUAGACAGUUCAAGCUAUUCAACAUUUAUUUUGACUUAAAUAAAAGUGGUUUAGCUCCUUUAGUAUUAGGAGCCAUGGUGGCUCAGCGACUAAGACGUUGGCUGCUAACCUGAAAGUCCCGUGUUCGAUCCCUGCUUUGGCCGAGAAAGUUCAUCGGGAUUUCCCGGUGUGCUCCUCCUUGUCAGUGGUGCUCGAGCGAGGGCCAGACAAGGGACAACACAGUGUCGUUCGGUGGGACAAAAAUCCGUGGUCCCGUGUAUACAUUCGAGUGCACGUAAAAGAUCCCUUGGCAGAUGGAUUUCGAUAUAAGAGUAGGCGGUAGCGCCGCUGUCAAGGUAAAAAAUUUCCUUCAUAACACUGUAUAGCGGAUGAUGGACGUUAAACCCCAAUUCAUUAAUCACAUGGUGGAAUAAAUACUGUAAAUAUGUGCAACCUUAUUCCCUCACAGUUAAUACACGAUGUGUCCAUUGGUUUGUCAUAUCAUUUGAAAUUAAUAUGUGAAUUUGUGAUGGUAAAUUAUUGUUUACUCAAGAUUUGGAUCAAGGAUUCUUAACCGAUCGACAGCUUCCGUUGCUACGAAGACUGCGCUGAUGGGGGUGAUGGAUAUGUUAAUGUGGUAGUAUAUGGCAUGAUGUGGUCCCCGAGACAAGGAAAUGGCUAGUCACGAAUCUUGUUGCAUGGGUAAUUAUUAUCGUCUGAUAGGUUUGUUGAUAGUUUAUCAUUUGUCUGUAUCAGAUUUUAUCCACGACGUUACUGUUUGUCGAUUUUUAAAAGCUCACACGACGCAAUUAAGUAAGAUAAUUGAAAACAGAUUAUUCGUUAUAAAAUAUUUACUUUUCCGAAAAAAGAAUAUAUAUAUAUAUCGACGUGAACAAUAAAUGUUAGACAACAUAUUCCUUUCUGAUUUCAAUUUAGUUUCGUUUAUUUUUUUAUGGUCUCCCCAUUGACAAUUUGAUAUCCUACUUCAGAAGAAUACACGAAACGAAAUUGUAAUUUAAUUUAAUGAAUUUGUGUAUAUCGUUAUUUUAAAUGUAAUUCAUCUUCUGUGUUGUCAAGACUCUUUGUCCAUAGGCGUACGAGACUGGGGGGGGGGGGCAGCUGCCCCCUAACUUUCGGGCAAUCUGACUUUUAGGGCAGGCGGUUAAAGUGAAAAAAAAUUAUUAUUUCAAACACUGAUUUUACUUUUCUUUUAAUUGAAUACCAAUUAAAACAUUUUGUCUUGAGUCACUCUACUCUGUGUGACAUUUUUAGGGCAUCAAUUAUUAUAUGUGAAUGCAGCUGCAACAGUCUGAUAGGAUGGUUGGAAUUCAGGUCGGCAUAGAGUGGGAUUUCGGUUACAAAACCAUCGGACAACUUUGGAUUGGACUUGCUUAACUCACGGGGAAGAAUAGCGGAAAAACGCGUUGGCGGCAGUUAAAUGUUUAAAAUUUUCUCCCAACGGUCCCGCCUCCGUGGACUGUAAACGAUUGAUUGGUUGAUUGGAAUUCGAGUCAGCUAUCUUAAUUAGGCUAUGUUAGACCACUUUGAAGUUGCUGUAUUCACGGGCUGGAAUAGCAGGAAAACGCGUUUGCAGCCGUCAAAUUUUCCAAAUUUAACUUGGUGGGGGGAGGGGGAUCCCAACAAGGUAAGCUCCGUUCCUCCACUCUCCCAGAAGACCGGUGCCGCCAUCUGUAACCCGAACAUUUUUCGGGCAUUUCAGGUUCUGCCCCCCUCCCCCAACUGUCAUCGAGCCCCUACGCCUAUGUCUUUGUCAUCCGUCCUUCAUUUUCAUUACCUAUUUGUUUAAAUUGGUGUACGAAAGUUAUCAAAUACGGAACACUGGAAGGCCAAUGUAAAACAAAUAAUUAAGUCGUUUCAUCGUCAUAAUAAGUCGUUUAAUCGCCAUAUUAAAGCGGAAAUUGCAAAUUUUUAAGUUAUAUUUUUAAAAUUUAUUAAAAUAAAGCCUGAAAAUAGAUGGUAUCCAUAAACAAUCCUACCUUGUUAAAGAAUAAUCCUAUUAAUCCUAUAAUUCACUAUUGCCAGCUGAGAAAUUGGCAAAAAUAUCAUUUUCCUCUUCAUUUUCAAACGUUUGAAAAAAGCUACUCCAUGGUGGAGAAUAGAAAACAAGGGAGGUAAUUGUGUUAUUAUAUCCUGUGUAAAUGAGUUUUAAGUGUGAGAAUGACACCUAUGAUCGUAUAAUUGUGAGUUGACAACCUGUUGAGCAAAAGAUAUAGAAAUAAUUACGUUUUGACUUUCUUAGAAAAUUUGCAAUUUCCGCUUUAAGUCGUUUAAUCGUCAUGUUAUUAUUAAGUUAUUUAAUCACCAUAUUAAGUCGUUUAAUCGUCAUAUUAAGUCGUUUCUAUAUGGGAUUAUACCCAGUGAAUACAUCAUUAAUAAACAUGCAUGAACUGUUUAACUUUUAAAUUGCAAUAAUAAUAUGAACCGGUCGCGAUGCAAGUCUGAGUCCAUUAUGGUAUCCACAUUGGACUCAUAAUUAUACCCAAUGCGUUUAAACGACCUAAUUAAUUCGUUUAAACGGCUUAAUUAUCAUGUUUUAACCACGACUUAAUAAUCUUGUUUAAAAUGACUUAAUUAUCUCUUUUAAGCGACUUCGAUUUUUUACACUACCUUUUACACUAUUUCUAUGAAGAAUAUAAAAUAUUUAUAAUGUUACUGUGUCUAUAUUUAUUAAAUAAUUUAUUUGUUAACCAUAAGUUAUUAUAUGAGUGUUUGUUAUUGUUUGAGAGUAUAAUGCUUAAUAGACUAUAUAUUAUUAAAAGAAAGAAAAGACAUUAACGAAUCUAAAGCCAUUAUGAUUGGUUAAAACAUUUUUGCGCAGAGCUGAUCUCUAGUCAAUUGAACUUAAACGUCUUAUAGAUGUUGCUGGAUUCGAUAGUAGCGUAAAUGUCAAGGGCAUAAAAAACGAAAGUGCGGACAGAUUUUAAUUCGACAGAUACCAAUUCUUUUGAAGGCCCACACCCAGUUUUUGUUCUAAGAAAGUUAAUAAGUGUAACCACCAAAUUUAUCUAAUCAAUUACAAACAUUCUUUUGCACCAAUGAAGAAUUGAGAAAUAUUACAAAUACCAUUAUCACUUCUAUCGCAUAAGAAUUAUCUAUGUAACUGGGUUUCGGGAAAUUGCACCAGACGAAUGAACGACAAUUAGAGGACCAAUAAACAAGAUAAUCACCAAUUGUUACAUUUCGACAGAUCAGAUACCAUCCGAAACCAAUAUUAUUUUGACAGGCCAACUACGGGAAGCAUGGGUGUGUAUAUACAAUUAUUAGUCCCCGGCUGUUAAAACUGGAGAAAUUUAUAGGGUUCCUCUCCGUCACUCUGUCCGUCACUUUUGUUUUCCGAAAAAAUAAAAUGUUUAACUUUGGGAUAUCCGAUUGAUAUAGAGCAGGGUUGCAGAUAAAGGCCGCCUUUCGUGGGAUUCUGUUAUUUUUUAUAAGCGCCCACAUUGAAUUGUGGUCGUUUUAGAGAAUUACACAGUUGUAUAUAGCACAUAGAUAAGUUUCUAUAAGGUUUAGUCGGAUAACGUUAAUUAUUUUGGGUAUUUGAUUUAGGAUUGAUACACUGCUGUAUAGCAAAAUGCAGAUCAGGUUCGCAUUAUUUAGGAUCCUGGUAACUUUUUAAUCAAAGAUAACAUGUGUUGACUUUUUAAAUAAAUCUACGAAAAUUCUGUUUUCCUGAUUUGUUUUUUGUAAGAAUGUUUAGUGUAAGAAUAUUGUUUUGACAGUGUUGCUAUUGUUUCAAUAUAUUUGUAAUAAAAU